AGAUACAUGUUGGUCGUGCCUUCUGCCUACGAUCUGGAUCAUUAGUGUACGAUACGGAUAUUUCUAGGCAACAUUCGCAUAUUGGUUUUUUUUUUCCAUUGUUUUUUAUAGCUGCUCAUAAAAGUCGUGUUGGUUCAACCUUUGUCUGUUCUCACUGUCUACAGAUCAAUUGACAUUGUGGCUUCUCGUCGUCUUCUUUUGCGCAUUGCGACGAGUACGUCUCAUAGACUGCUCAGCACCACCACCGUCGCUAUGGCGCCUAAGCAGGCUACCUUGGGCAAGUUCUUCGGAAACCCAAACAGCUCCAAGCCUGCGAAACAACAGUCUAAGUUAUCUUUCAACACAAAGUCUGCCAACAAGCCCGCCGAGGAUGUCCAAGACCAGGAUGUCCCUCCUAGCAGCAAUGCGAAGUCGCCAGAGCCCAAGACAAAAGUCAAGUCCGACCCGGACGCCAAAGACAAUGCCGAGACCGUCGAGUCAAAGAAGCGAGAUCGGUCUGGUCUGUCCCCGAAGGACAAGGCGAAGCAAUCUCCAACUCAAAUCAAGUCUGAAGAGCCUGAAGAGGAUGAGGAGGAAGCACCAGUGUCAAAGCGGCCGCGGAGAAACCGAAAGACAAUUGAAGAGGACGAGGAAGACGAAGUGAUGGCUGAAGCUGCGCCGGUAAAGCCUCCCAAGUCGCCCAAGGCCAAGAAGGCGGCACCAAAAAAGGCAGCACCUGCUCCUCCAAAGAAGAAGCCGGUGCCCGAGCCCAAGGAGGAGGACGAGCCGGCAGUGAAGGAAGAGGCCAGCGCUUCUGAAACUGCAUCCGAAGCCGAGGAUAUCGACGACGAGGAAGAAAAGCCUGAAGUGGCCGCAAAAACCAGGGAGAAGUUGCAGACAAAGCUCAAGUCGAAAGCCAAGGACCCCUUUCCAGACUGGAAGGAAGGUUCACCAGUGCCAUACGCCGCCCUUUGCACCACGUUUUCGCUCAUUGAGCUUACAACCAAACGCCUGGAAAUCACAGAGCAUUGUGCCUUAUUCCUGCGCCAAGUACUUCGUCUUACGCCGGAUGACUUUCUACCAGUCGUCAACUUGAUGGUCAACAAGCUGGCUCCCGACUAUGCCGGGAUUGAGCUGGGCAUUGGCGAAUCGCUCAUCAUGAAGGCUAUCGGCGAAUCCACCGGACGCAGUUUGCAGGUUAUCAAGGCUGAUCAGAAGGAUAUCGGUGAUCUGGGACUGGUCGCUGUCAAGUCUCGCUCAACUCAGCCUACCAUGUUCAAGCCUAAGCCACUGACUGUCCGAGGUGUCCACAAGGGUCUCAUGGACAUUGCUACGGUUAGUGGUAAUGGUGCUCAAGGACGAAAGGUUGAUGGCAUUAAGAAGCUCUUAUCAUCUGCAGAUGCCCACUCGGCCGGAAAGGUUGACAUCCACAAAGAUAAAGGUGGUCCCAGCGAAGCCAAGUUCAUCGUCAGAUUCUUAGAGGGUAAACUGCGGCUAGGUCUAGCAGAGAGAACCGUGCUGGUCUCUGUUGCACAAGCCAUGAUCAUCCAUGAAUUUGGAAAGAAGGACAAGGUGCCCGGUACUUCAGACAUGGAGAAGGCCGAACAGGCGUUGAAAACAGUUUACAGUGAGCUACCUAGCUGGGACGUAAUAGUCCCUACUAUGUUAGAGCAUGGUAUCAUGAAGCUACGAGAGAACUGUAAGCUUCGACCAGGCGUGCCUCUGAAGCCUAUGCUUGCCAAGCCAACAAAGGCUAUCACAGAAGUCUUGGAUCGGUUUGAGAAUCAAACCUUCACUUGCGAGUACAAGUAUGAUGGUGAAAGAGCUCAGAUCCACUAUGUAGCCAAAGACCACAAAGACGAGUAUACCGAUGGUGUACCUGGAGCCACAAAAGAAGCAGCCAAGGGCAUUGCAUCCAUCUUCUCAAGAAACUCGGAAGACUUGUCCAAGAAGUAUCCUGAUAUCCUUGCCAAGCUUCACACGUGGGUCAAAGAUGGUACGAAGAGUUUCGUGCUGGAUUGUGAAACGGUCGCGUGGGACGUCACAGAGAAGAAGGUUUUGCCAUUUCAACAGCUCAUGACAAGGAAGAAGAAGGACGUUAAGAUCGAAGACGUCAAGAUCAAAGUCUGCGUCUUCGCUUUCGAUCUUCUCUUCCUCAAUGGCGAAGCUGUGGUUGAGAAGUCACUUCGAGAACGUCGUGAGCUGCUCCACGAGUCUUUCCAACCAGUGGAAGGCGAAUUUGCUUUUGCCACAAGCAUGGAUGGUCAAGAACUCGAAGAGAUUCAACACUUCCUGGACGACAGUGUGAAGGCGUCCUGUGAAGGUCUCAUGGUCAAGAUGCUGGACGGUACUGAAAGUGGAUACGAGCCCAGUAAGCGAAGUCGUAAUUGGCUGAAGAUCAAGAAGGAUUACCUCUCAGGUGUUGGAGACUCGUUGGACCUGGUCGUACUGGGCGCAUACUACGGCAAGGGCAAGCGUACAUCCGUGUACGGUGCCUUUUUGCUCGCUUGCUAUAAUCCAGGAACUGAAUCCUAUGAAACUGUGUGCAACAUCGGUACUGGUUUCUCGGAACAGGUUCUUGAGGAUUUACACAAGUCGCUGUCGGAGAUUGUCAUCGACCGCGCUAAGCCAUUUUACUCACACUCCGCUGGUAAUCAACAUCAGCCUGAUGUUUGGUUCGAGCCGCGAUAUGUCUGGGAAGUCAAAACUGCUGACUUGACCCUGAGUCCGAGGUACAAGGCAGGCUGCAAGGAGGGUGUUGACCCUAGUGGUGAGAAGGGUAUUAGUUUGCGUUUCCCAAGAUUCAUCAAGAUCAGAGAUGACAAGAAGCCUGAUGAGGCUACAAGCAGCAGGCAAGUGGCCGAAAUGUACAGGAAGCAAGAGGCUGUUACGAAAAACAAGGGGCCUAGCGUGGACGAUGACUUCGAGUAUUAAACGGAGAUAUAAUGACAUGCAUGGUGUGACGAAAUGCAUGCAGUUGGGACACGAUAUAGUAACAUAUCAGGGAAGAUCGCACAUCUGUUACACAAAUGCAUUAUGGUAUCUGGGCUCCUCUCGUUCAUCACGCUAAAUACAGGUCUACUUUUUCGACCUUGGCCAGUUUAGCAGCACCUGAGAUAUCUCCCAAACAUGGUCUGAACCAAUAUAGCUGUC